CCAACACUUACACCGAUGAAGUCAGUCCCUGCUCUCUCACCGAGCCAAAACUCUAGCCCAACCCCAACACCUACACCGACGAGCCAAAACCCUAGCCCUAACCCGACCCCAACACCAACACCAACACCGAGUGACUCAAUCCCUACCCUCACACCGAGUCAAAACUCUAGCCCUAACCCAACUUCAACACUUACACCGAGUGAGUCAGUCCCUGCUCUCUCACCGAGCCAAAACUCUAGCCCAAUCCCAACACCUACACCGACGAGCCAAAACCCUAGCCCUAACCUAACCCCAACACCCACACCGAGUAACUCAAUCCCUACUCCCUCACCGAACCAAAACCCUAAUCUAAUCCCAACCUCGAGUCCUACACCUAGCCAGGAUCAUGCUAUGACUCCUACCCAAACUCCCAAUUCUGUUCCGUCGCAAAGCCCUAUAUCGCAUCAAAACCCUACCCCAGCUCCAAACUCUGAACCUAGCAAAAAUGUUACUCAAGUCCCCACUCCUAACCCCAAAAUUCCAACUCCGACACCGACACCGAAUCAAAGCUCUAACCCAAACACUAACCAUACACCAAACCCUAGCCCUAGCCAAAACCAUUCACCUACCCCAACUCCCACCCUUAGACCAAGCCCGAACCCUGUAACUCCAACCCUAAACCCCCCUCCGAACCAAAACCUUAACCCACCCCCUAACCUUCAGCCCCCUCCAAACCCUCCUCCUCCAACUUCUACCACAUGUCCUAGAAAUUUCUUUCAAAUAUUGGCAUGCGGCAAUAUUAUCAACUCCAUAUCCAUUUUCUUCGGAAUUAGCCCAUCUUUGAUGCAACCAUGUUGCACUCUCAUUAAUGGUUUAUCAGAUCGUGAUGCAGGCAUUUGUCUCUGUUCCGCACUUAGGUUGCAGAGUUUUAGUUUUCUCUUCCCCCUCAAUCUUAAUACCAUCCUCAAUAUUUGUAAAAGAAGAGUUCCAACCGGUUUUCAGUGUCCAUAAACAAUAAUCCUUCUACGCUAAUAUACGUAAUAAUGGAUACACUAAAAAUAUGUAUAGCAUAUAUAUAUAU